UCUACAACACCGGGGGGUGGAAGACACACGGCGGCUAUCAUGUGAGGAACAGGUCGCUGGAGUGAACCGCAGCGCCGACAUUAACGCGUUAACCGACCUGUGAGGAUAGCUUGGGACUUAUAUACCGACAUAUUGAGACAAAACCCGGGAGGACUCCAGCGGGACUGCUGCUCGUUUUCUUUCAUGGACUGAGUAGCUGACAGCCGCACUUUCCUGCUCGAGCAACGAGCUUAGCAUGACGGCACACACCGCGUCAUAGGAGUCCAGCACUGACAGCGUGGAAGGAGUGAACAGGAAAAGGAAGCAGGAGACCAAGAAGAGAUAGGACACUUUUUUUCUUUUUUUUUUUAAAGCAUCAGAGCAGAUGGGAGAGACGGAGGAUGAGCGUACUGCGCAGGCCGGCGUGCUCUUCGAGAACUUUGUCCAGGCGUCCACCUGCAAAGGGACUCUGCAGGCCUUCAGCAUCCUCUGCAGGCAGCUGGAGCUGGACCCUCUGGACUACAGCAACUUUUAUGGCUCUCUGAAAGCGGCGAUCAGCACCUGGAAGGUCAAUGCCCUGUGGACCAAACUGGACAAAAGGGCACAGCACAAGGUCUACAACCAGAACAAAGCCUGCCAGGGCACCAGGUGCCUGAUCAUCGGCGGCGGCCCCUGUGGCCUGCGGACGGCCAUUGAGCUGGCCCUGUUGGGCUGCAAGGUGGUGGUGAUCGAGAAGAGGGACACCUUCUCCAGGAACAACGUGCUCCACCUCUGGCCCUUCACCAUCCACGACCUCCGCGGCCUCGGUGCCAAGAAGUUCUAUGGCAAGUUCUGCGCUGGAGCCAUCGACCACAUCAGUAUCCGGCAGCUCCAGCUGAUGCUGCUGAAAGUGAGUCUGAUUCUGGGAGUGGAAAUUCAUGUUAACGUGGAGUUUGCCAAACUGACGGAGCCACCGGCAGACCAGACUGAUGACAGUCCUGGGUGGCGAGCUGAAGUCCGGCCUGCCGACCAUCCCGUCUCCAACUUUGAUUUUGACGUGGUGAUUGGAGCGGACGGACGCAAAAACACACUGGACGGUUUUGGUCGCAAAGAGUUCCGAGGGAAGUUGGCUAUCGCCAUCACGGCCAACUUUGUAAACAGGAACACCACAGCGGAGGCCAAAGUGGAGGAGAUCAGUGGCGUGGCCUUCAUCUUCAACCAGAAGUUCUUUCUGGAACUCAAAGAGGACACAGGAAUCGACUUGGAGAACAUUGUUUACUACAGAGACCACACCCACUACUUUGUCAUGACUGCAAAGAAGCAGAGUCUGCUGGACAAAGGGGUCAUCAUAAACGACUACAUAGAAACAGAGAGACUGCUGAGUCUCGACAACGUCAACCAGGAAGCCUUGCUCUCGUACGCCCGCGAGGCGGCCGAUUUUGGCACCAACUACCAGCUGCCAUCCCUGGACUACGCCAUCAACCACUACGGGCAGCCUGACGUAGCCAUGUUCGACUUCACCAGCAUGUACGCCUCGGAGAACGCUGCCUUGAUCAGGGAGAAACACGGACACCAGCUGCUGGUCUCGCUGGUGGGAGAUAGUCUGCUUGAGCCUUUCUGGCCCAUGGGUACAGGUUGUGCUCGGGGUUUUCUGGCAGCCUUCGACAGUGCUUGGAUGGUGAGGGGCUGGGCACAGGGCAGGAGCCCUCUGGAGAUACUCGCUGAGAGGGAGAGUAUCUACCGGCUGCUGCCUCAGACCACCACAGAGAACAUCAGUAAGAACUUUGAACAGUACGCCAUCGACCCCGCCACCCGCUACCCCAACCUCAACUCCAGCUGUGUUCGCCCACACCAGGUGCGUCACCUGUUCAUUGAUGGCCAGCAGGAGUCGUGUCACCUGGGGAGAGGAGGACCCACACGGAGAUCAGUGAACUUGUCUAGAAGAGAGUCGGAUGUGCGUCCAGGACGGCUGCUGACCUGGUGUCAGAAGCAGACUGAGGGCUACAGAGGGGUGGACGUCUCCAACCUCACGUCCUCCUGGAGGAACGGCCUGGCCCUCUGCGCUCUAGUACACCGGCAGAGGCCUGAACUCAUCGACUACGACUCUCUGAACGAGGAGGACGUGGCGGGGAACAACCAGUUGGCGUUUGACGUGGCCGAGCGGGAGUUUGGCAUCCAGCCGGUGACGACGGGGAAGGAGAUGGCUGCGGCGGCCGAGCCAGACAAGCUGCUGAUGGUUCUCUACCUCUCCAAAUUCUACGAGGUGUUUAGGAACUCCCCAGGAAACAACAACAAUGGUUUGAGAGAACCAGAUGAGAACAGUGAAGGAUAUCCAGCUAAGACCAACCACAAACUGCUGAACCAUACUCAGCCCAAGAAGAGGACACCCAGGGAUGACCACAAGCAGGAGGACGAUUCUGUCAACAAGAGGCGGCGAAAGGGCAACCACUACCUCACAGAGUUGUCUUGUCACAGUGCGCCUCCCGCUGGCGAGGACGGGGAGCUGCGGGAGAACAAGGUGCGCUCCAUGGCAACACAGCUGCUGGCCAAGUUUGAGGAGAACUCUUCGACUGCGAAGACGCAUAGCAAGUCUGAUGAGGACCCAUCCGAUCCCUCCUCCUCUCCUCCUCCGUUUCCUCCUACCACGCCCCAUCCUCGCUCAGAGGAGGAGGACGAGGAAGAGGAGAAGGAGAAGGAGGACGAGGAGCAGGAGGAGAGUGAAAACCCACGUUUCGCAAAGCCCAAGAACGACCCCCCUCCUCCUCCUCUGCCUCCCCCUCGCCCCAAGUGGCAGCCCUCCGUCUACCUCCGCCUGCUGGAGAAUCCCACUUCCGUGGCUCAGCAAACCGCUUUCCUCUGCUCCCCCCAAUCCUCUCACCCUCAGAGUCGCUCUCCUUCCCCCUCACGGCCUAAGAGUCCGUUUAGUCCCCCCCGUACGCCUAGCCCUUACGUCACUGAACAUUACUACCCAGAACGCACCUCUCCCGACUUGGGAGAGGUGCAUUUGAGCAGUCGUUUCUCUACUUCAAAUGGUGACCAUUCCUCUGAGAGCUCAGCGCAGCAGGUGACUUUCAAGCUAAGCAAAGUCCAGAGAGUCUCUACUAGAGCAUACUCUGCCAGGAGUAUAAAGGAGAGAGCGGUCCUCCUGUCCUCCAUGUUUGCUGGGUCCAGCAGACCUCCUCCUGCUCCUCUCUCUGAACCACAGGUGGGACAUUCUACCUCUACACAUCUUUCCUUCUCCCCAACUCCUGCUCCUUCUGCCUCCGUAUCUAAGAGCUCCAUCGUCCACCCUGUAGUCCACCCUGUAGUCCACCCUGUAGUCCACCCUGUAGUCCACCCUGUAGUCCACCCUGUCCCUGACCCCACUGCCCAGGCCUGUUUCUCCUCUGUCCCCCUGUACACUGCUGGACACAAGGACAAGAUACAGAAAGACUCCUCUACUCCCUUGUCUUACACCCAAUCUGUUGGUGAUUCCUCCACAAGCAACAACAGAACAUCCGCUGCCCUUUCUUUGACUUGCUUUGACAAGAGCCAGGAGAUCUCCUCUCAUGUCUCUGAUACUAGCUGUGAAAAUGAACACAGCAGGUCAUCUCCCCAUGCACUUUCUGUACCCCGUAAGGAAAGCUGUGAGAAGAUUCACAAGAGCUUUCUGAAUAAUCUGGAAAGUGAGAAGGAGAAGGUGCACAAAACUGCUCGGGAGACAUUUGAGAAAUUAGCCAAAAACGAUCACAUGGAGUGCAAUGGGAGCUGCACUCUUGAGAACCCUAGAAGAAUCACUCAAAAGUCAGUUGUUCGCUCUGAGAGUUGUCCGACUGGAGCUGCUAGUUACAUUAAAGAGCGUACAGUCGGAAAGGUAUCAUCCAUCAUAGAUGCUAAAGCUCAGAAAUUGGCCGUCCUGUAUGAGACGGACCACAGGCCCAAUGCCACACCGUGUGUGGCACGUAAGGACUUUCCUCCCGUGCUCGGCGGCAGCGACAUCUGCCACUUCUGCACCAAGCGGGUGUACGUGAUGGAGAGACUGAGCGCCGAGGGCUACUUCUUCCACCGCGAGUGUUUGCGCUGUGACGUCUGCAACAGCACCCUCCGCCUGGGAGGGCACAUCUUCGACUCGCAGGAGGCAAAGUUCUACUGCAAGAUGCAUUAUGCUCAGCGUCAAACCAGCACUCACAUGGAGAGGUUCAGAAGGAGAAUGGACGACCAACGGCACGUCGCACAUUCGUCAAUUGACAGCGGGGUCUACUCGGCGACGGGCGGCAUCCAGCUCCAACCUCCAGGUGCGGCCUCCAUCUUGCAUUCACAGCAGCUUGACAAAGUUCAGAGAAGAGUUCCUGAAGAUACGGAGAUGGCUGUUGAAGCGCUGGAUGCUUCCUGUUUAGUCACGCCCACAACACAGGAUCCUCCAGAGGUCAAAGGCCAGAGCCAUGACGGUACCAAAGAUCACUGUAACGCCAAACAGAAUAGUCGAUGGAGACGGAAGAUCAAAGCGACAUUCCCUCUGAUCUUCAUCAAGCACUUCCAGAGAAGCUGGCUUCAGGACAAAGAGGGACCGGAGACCGUCCCCGAAGCGGACUCUGACUUUGAGGAGGUCACUACAGCAGAAAAACAAACUAACUCUGACUGCAGUUCCGAGACAUCUGCCGAUACCCAGAAUCCCUCAGAGGAAAGUGAGAAGACCGAGGAGGACUCGGUGAAGACGACGGAGACGGCCAGCAACUCCUCCGCCCAAAAGAAGCGCUUGAUGCUCUCUCUCUCUGAGAAAGAGAAGCUCCUAAACUGGGACAUGCUGGUCACACAGGAGGAAGCUCCGAUAAACACCAAACAUUCACAUCAGCACAAAGACCAGGUACAAGCAGAGGCAGGAACAGAUAAGCUUCAGACGGACUCGGGCCAGAGCGGGGAACCGUCCCCGAGCCAAACCUCCACCCCGUCCCCCACCACCUUCCAGCUCAUAGCGGACGCCUUCAGGAGGACAUUUAGUGUGACCAAUCCCUCCGGCAGGUCCAACACUGCAAUCCCAAUGAGGGCUAAACGGUACGGCUCCCGCAACCAGAGGCCCAUGUCAGAAGGAGCGUUGAACUUCAGCUCCCUCUUCAGCACUGCCGGUCCAGAUCUACAAAGAGAUGAGACAAGGGCCGGCAAGUGUGAAGCCCACUUGGCAUCUGUAGGGGCCGAUCCGUGGGGGGCCGGGCGGGACCUGCCCUCUCUGCUGGAGCAGGUCGACCUGAAGGGACGCAGAGACUCCGGAGGGGUGUUCUCCGACAACAUGGCCUCGCUGCCCGGCAGGAAGGUCAACCUGUUCUCGUCCCUGAGGCUAAGGAAGAGGGAGGAGUCAGAGGGUGAGGGGCAGGACCAGGAUGGGCAAAAGGAGAUCAGGACGAUACUCACCAACAUCCGAAACAAAGCCUCCAGACAGCAGAAUCUUGAAGAGCCCACCUCCAGUGAUGAAGAAAAUGAAAACCUGACAUCCAAUCAGAAGCUGUGUCCAGAGAGACAGAGAAGGAAGCAGGAGAAGACGGUGGCCCAGCAGGCCAAAAGAGAAGAGCUGAAGAGACUCCACAGAGCUCAGGUCAUCCAGAGGCAACUGGAGGAGGUGGAAGAGAAACAGAGAGAUCUGGAGGAGAGAGGAGUGGCCAUAGAAAAGAUCAUAAGAGGAGAAACAGAAUCACUUCAGACAGAUGACGGUGACGAGGCCCAGCUCUACCAGUCCUGGUUUAAACUCGUCCUGGAGAAGAACAGAUUGGCGCGCUACGAGUCUGAGCUCAUGAUCUUCGCCCAGGAGCUUGAACUGGAGGACACGCAGAGCCGACUGCAGCGAGACCUACGACAAAGGAUAGCAACAGAAGACACAAAGAAGAGCGCCUCCGAGCUGCAGGAGGAGCAGGCCAUCCUGGCGGAGAUCAUGAGGACGGUGGAGAGACGCGACGCUCUGGUGUCCGUACUGGAGGAGCAGAGGCUGAAGGAGAGGGCCGAGGACAGGGACCUGGAGAGCCUGGUGCUGUCCAAGGGCUACGAGUUCCACUGGGCCCCGGCGGAUGACUGCUGGGGACGGGAGAAGCCCGAGUGAAGUAUUGAACGCUGGGUGGUAAAGGGUGGAAAAGCACCGCAAGCUUUGCGUAACACUAUUUUUAAAGAAACGGCGGAAUUGAACCGUACUAGCUUGUGUCUGGCUUCUCCUCAUGAAGCUACAAGUCUAGAUAAUGUGGCGAGGGAGUAAAAGGUCAUGGAAGUCUAGGUGUUCAUUGACCUUUAAAGAGGACAGCAAAGCUUUCAUCUAGUCUCACUUUGUGCUGCUAAGCUCAGAGACUGAGGAAGAUUGGAAAAGGAGCGGCUUAUAACAUGUAUUUGACUUCUGUGCUCUGAAGUGCUGACACGGACCUGAAACUGGAUGUACAAUAUGUUUAACCACUUCUUAUAAUGUGACUGACUGCCUUGUAGCGUUUUAUGCCUCGUAAACCAUACUGACUGCCUGGUGGCCCGCCUUAAGAGUGGAACACUGUAUAGCCUCACUGGAUAGCACAUGGAACGACUCAACACUUUCCCUGAAAUUUUACUGUUCAGCACAGCAUGGUUUUGUUUUAAACUUGUGUCAUAAAAUCUAGAAAUGUUAGCUUUAUGUCAUGCACUGUUUGUCACUUUGUAGCUAUGUGUGUGUGUGUGUGUGUGUGUGCGCGAGUUUGAGCUCUCUUAUGUGUUUCUUUUUUCACUUUGUGCCGGAACAGAGUCAAAUAAAAUGCAAAACACCAUUGAACACAGGAGAAUACUAACUGCCACGUAUUUGUGGCCAGCUGGUAUGAUGUACUUCUGCCAGGUGGUUGGAAAUGUCACCUAUUUUUUAUUUUCUUUACUCCAUAGCAACACAAGUUGCAACAAAAUUCAAAAACUGAAUCACGGGGCAGGAAACUGCAUUGGCACAUGGUGAUGUAACAGCUGCUGUAUUUCCUAGAGUGCUGAAGGAAUGAGUCACAGAACCUGGAAAUGAGUCAACAUUUUUUUUCCACUUGCACUUUGUCUUUAAGUCAAUGUUCUUUUUUUGGCGGGGUGAGAUGGCUGAAAUAAGGUGUGUGUUAAACACAAGCUGAAGAGAUUUAAAAUUUUGUUGUACAAUAUUUAAUACUUCAGUAAACACCCCCUCUCGAGAAUUUUGAAGCUUUUGAAAAAGGCUGUUGCUAACAAGUGGCUUAAUGAGACCAUUAAACAUCAUCACGCCGAUCAAAAAACCAAAAAUCAUAAAAGCACCAUUCAUUUGUGAAGAUUGUCUCGCAGAACAAAAUGUGUAAGUAUCAUAAAUGUUUGUUUGCCAAAGAGCUUGUUUUCUACAAUUAUCCAAAACCAGUAGAAAAAUCCCAUCGGCUUUUUGUGGAGGGAACCAGUGCAAUUUUAGAAAGUUAGCAUCGCACUGGUUCCCUCGACAUAAAGAGGUCGCAUGAGCGUGAGUAUUCACAAUGAGGCUGUAAAAGGUGGACUAACAGUUUGUAGUUUAAUUUAGCCACUUUUUAGCAACCGCCCUUUUUACGACGCGUAAAUACUUCAAAAUCCACAAGAAGGGUAUUAAACUAUGUAUUUUUAUAUCGUACAAAAAAAAUCUGUUUAAAUCUCUUAAACUCAUGUUAACCACAAAUGUUAUCUCAGGCAUCUUACCAAAAACCCAUUCAGAAACCCCAUUGACUUUGAUAAGAGGUAGCCGGAAGUGCAAAAAUGCUGACUCGUUGAGGCAAACCACUUUUGGGCAUGGCCAGAGAUUUGACAUGUGUCUGAAAGUGACGAUGCUCUUUAUUAUUUCAUGACUAACUACUGUCAGUUAAACUGUGUGUGUUCAGUUCAGCUGGUUUUAACCCUGUUGUAUCGCUAUGAGUCUACAUGAAUAAUGUGUUUACAUUCAUUUUAACCCCAGGGUCCACACUUCUCAUUUGGUCCCUUGGCCUUAAAUGUUAAGUUUGUUUAUAUUUCGACUGAACGUUGAAUUCAGAAUAAGUUAUGUUUUCAAUACUAAAAACUGUAUGUUUGUAUACAUUUCGGUUUUAUGCUGCUGUAAGUCUUUUUAA